AUGGCACACAGUCUUAGACAGACUACUAUUUAUCGUCCCUUACAUAUAGUUAGAUAUUAUUGCCAAGGUGAACCGAAAUCUUUGUACGAGAAACAUGAAAGAGGGGAGCAGCCAAGAAAAGUGCAUGGCGAACUAUAUCCUGAGUGGCGUAAACCUUGGCAUAAGAGGGAAGGUGAAACCAUUAGCAAAUUAAAUAUUUUCGUUGAAAAAAACCCAAAUAUGAAUAUACUUAAUGCCAUGCAAAAAAUCCCUAAUCUCACAUUUGGUGAUGUAAAAGAUUGGUGGAAAGACAUGAAAGAAAUUCAGGAAAUACAAAAUCAAAAGUUUUUGCCUGAAAGAGUUGCAGCUUUGGGUAGCAAUUUGGCUGCAGUGCACUUUUUCACAUAUCGUCAUUGUUCUGUUCGACUCAAAGAUUCGAAGGAGUGGAUUUCUGGAGAUGCUAUGACUCUAAAUCUACCUAGUAAUUUCAUCAGUGGUUAUUUUGUUGAAGCUGUAGAUUGCUCAAAAUUCCACUACAAUGGUAUCAGGUAUGAGGGUAUUCAAAAUCUGACGGGUCUUAAUUUUUUAAAAUGGCUUUCAUUGAGAAACAAUAAAUUUAUUGAUGUCUGGUGUCUAGAUCGAUUAGCAGGACAGAACGGAAAUAGUUUAGAAUUUCUUGACAUUGUUGGUUGUAAUAUAUGUGUAGGUUCAAUAUUUGCUCUAUCUAGAAUGUUGUCUCUUAAGUUUUUAGUCCUUAGUGAUCCUGGAGAUAAUAUAGAAUUGCAGGCAGCCUUAUCUAUGCUCGAAGAAGAUAAACCCGGUUUAUUAAUAAAAACUAUACCAAAACCUGAAAGUGUAAAUUUAGAUUGA